UAGCGUUCCGUACGUGACGAUACGACUCCGACCUCCCCUCCUCGCCCUAGCGUCAACUUCUUCGCAUUCUCUCCAUCUUCUUCUUCAUCUCUUCUGCGUCAUCUUCCUCUGCAUCUUAUUUCUUUUCGCUUCUUUGCGUCGUCCACGGGAGGGUCUGGCUUUUCAAUGGACCCCCGGGAUAUCCGCUAGUAUUUUCACAGGCUCUUGCCGGGCUGACUUCUUCCUGGUUCUUGUCUUUCUAUUGUCUUGCCUCCUACGCCUUGUCGUCAUACCUAGGUAGGUUACUAAGCUAGGGGGAUACAUCCAUCUAACUACAGAAUUACCCAUCCGAUCUCCCUGCCAAUCGGCUUAUUCCCCCGCAGCUAGCUAUACUGAUCUCCCUUCCAAGGUUCUUCGUCGUCGUUCCCCUGCCUGAUCGACGACUGCACUGUCCUGCGCGUCCUUCCUGACACCCAAGGGAUCAUGUCGUCCGGUCCUGGCCAGUCUUCGGCCCCAUCGAAAGCAGUCAACAUCUCCAGCCAGCCUUCAACGUCGUUGCAGGUUGCCUCAAAUCCGGGCAUUGAUACCGCGUCUCAACGGAGGGUAUCAGCGGGCUUGGGAGCUGGGUCGUCAUCCAAGAGCUUAUCUUCUCCAAGGAACCAUCAGAGUAGGAGGAAUCAGCAUAAACGGCAUCGUCGUCCUCGUCUGGAUGACGAGGAUGUGGUUGCAGAAUCUGCUGCGAUGAAGUCUACAAUGAGCCGGAAGGGGCAGACCUCUAUUACACACUUGAUGAACUUUUCUCUUCCGCCUCGACCCCAACAGAAUCCCAAUGCAUAUCCUCGUGGUCCAAGGCGCAACAAUACAUGGGGCCCGCGUUCCGGGUACCAUGCUGUUGACAAAGCUAGAUAUGUCCAUGCAAAUUAUCGAUUCAUCGUCAAUCCCAAGAACAACUACUAUGCCCAAGCCACUAACGCAGACAUUCAUCUUGAUUGGAAUUCGGUGCUGCAAGUUCUAGUCUCGACUGACACCCAAGGACCAGCUGCCCGAUCUGUCUCUCGACCCCCAUUGCUCCUCGUAUGGCUAAAUGUGGACAUGUCUUUUGCCUGCCUUGUCUUAUCCGGUUCAUGCACUCGACAGAUGAUUCGAAUCCGCUUCCGGAAAAGAAGGCUCGCUGGAAGAAAUGCCCAAUUUGCUGGGACAUCGUCUAUAUAUCAGAUACGCGGCCUGUCGGGUGGUACACCAGACAAACCGAUCCACUCGUUGAAGGUGGGGACGUUGUUCUUAGGUUGGUGAUGCGACGCCCGGGAAGUACGCUUGCUCUUCCACGGGAUGGCGUUGAGGCGCCUAGUCAAGACGACGAUAUUCCCUGGUAUCAUGUUGCAGAGGUACCCGACUAUGCGCGGAUCAUGAAAGGGGGUAAGGAUUACAUGACUUCACAAUAUGAUAGUGAAAUCGAAGACUUGCUACGGCAGGAACGGGAAGAUGAAUUGCUUUUCGGUGAUGAUACCACCUGGACUCGAAAAGCUGUCGCGGCAAUAAAAGACGCGAAGGAGAGGGUUAGGGAUAUUGGGAACCCGCCAACCAUGCACCGUCAACCGCUGGAGCGCCGACCGACCAGAGUUCCCAUCAAAUUCGAGGAGCCGCCGGAAGGUGUCCCAGAGAUGUAUAAAAUCGAACAUGCUACAAAAUCCGGACAGAGUUUACCCAGCCAUGUACAUACACCGUCAAAUCCUCAGCUUACCCUGCGAAAUGAUUCCUCUAAUCACGACCAAAUGGACGAUGUUUCGUCUGCUUUAUCGAAACUAGAGGUUAAUAACCACUCCGAAAUGCAAAACUGGAGGUCAGAAAGCAAUCUUGAUGCAGUGCCUAGACGUGUAGGAAAACCUAGAGACACCGAUGGCGCCGUGCACCCCUCUGAUCAUCCUUUCUUCUUCUAUCAAGCACUCCCCCACUUCUACCUCUCUCCAUUAGACAUCCGUAUCCUCAAGACUGCCUUUGGGGACUACUCACAAUUCCCCUCAACAAUCCUUCCUCGAAUAGAACGCAUAUCGUCGGGGCACAUUGUAGACGAGGAUCUGCGAAAACGCACGAAAUAUCUCGGUCACCUCCCUUAUGGCUGUGAAGUUAGCUUUCUGGAAUGCGAUUGGAGAGAUAUAGUAGGCCCGGACGUACUCGACAAAUUCCGUGACGAUAUUGAGCGACGACGAAAACGGAACCGAGAAAAGGCCGCACGGGAGGAAAAGGAACGCAUCCGUGCUGAAAAGAAUGAAGAUGAACAGCGUUGGGCUGCAGCUCGACGGAAGCGACCAAGCAUAACCUCCGCCGAUCGGCCAUUUUCCGAGAACGAUUUCCAACCCCUUAGUCUCGAACCUUCGUCAGGGCCGGGAUCCGGCUUCGACCCGAAUAUGUCUUCCGCCUCACCCCCUUGGUCCUCGUCGAGAGGCAUAAAUCGACCAUCCUUUACCGCGCUGGCAUCUCCCUCCGGAAGUCCGCCUGACUCGUCGUCUACUAGAAAUACGGCUCAUCGGACAGUUUGGGGCACGGCAGCUAUCGCCCCAACCUCACCACGGGCUACAUAUAGGAACCCUGACCGCGAACCGAAUGAUGGAUGGCUGCAGGACUGGGAGCGAGAGUUGAUAGCGGAGCAAGAGCGCCAAAUAUUUGCUACCACAACUAAUAUGGACAGAAACGGGCCCAGUAGUAGUACCAAUGCUGCAGGUACAACCACAGGGGGAGGGAAAAAGAAGAAAAACAAGAAGAUUACGCUGAUGUCGACGACGGCUCGGCGGGCUGCUUGACAGUAUUCAAAUUUGACGAUAUUGAAUGUUUUUCCUCAUUCCGCCCUUUCAGUAUAGCGACUUUUGUCAAAGCCUAUCCUGCUCUACAUAUCUUACUCUCCUUGGACUUGUUCCCCAUUUUUCUUAUAUUGCUCCUUUUAGCCUCUUUCUGUAUUUUGCAUAAUGAGCUCUUGUCUCACUAGUGGAUUCGCUCUCCACGAAUGAUUGUGAGAAGGUCUUUUUUUAUAGAUCUAUCUGUUUAUAUUUAUAUAUUAUUAUUACCCACCUGCCUUCAAUGCUAUGAGAACUCUGUUGCUCAUCCUGAAUACAGUGCCGUCCCUACUUGUUUUUCGUUGUCCCUCAUUGGACUACCACCCCCAUCCUAUCUGUUUAUUUUGAGCGAAUCCAAAUAGUUGGCUGGGUUGGUUAUGUACGGACACUACACAUGAAGUGCUUGAUGUGGAAUUUUGCUCCGGUGGCUUGGACGCUCGAUUAUACGGGUAGAUGUGACAAGCGGAGCACGGCGGAGGAGCGAGGGACGAUAAGAGAACGGUUAGAGGCUGCACGCUUCCCUCUUAUCUAUCUUCCCUGGAAGCCAGGCGUUCCGCUUGUGUUAUUAGAUGUGAGAUAAUAACUUACAUGCGCUGAGCUCACGAAUGCAUGAGUGCUUCUUUUCUUUUAGCUUCCACCCCCUUCUUCGUCUUCUUAUCUAUUGCUUGUUCACGCACGUUUAUUUUACGAUGUGGUACAUCGCAUGCUGGACCUAGUUCUGACCGGAUACAUCAAAAUGCUGGCCUAGAUUGGGGGUGUUUGUUUGGCACGAUAUAGACAUCACAGAGAGGGUCUCCGCCACCAUACCUGUGGUCGGUCAUGGAUGCGCUGCCAUAUUUCAAUUCGCUUGCAAUAUGUUGUAUUGCGUGGUGUCUGUUUCUCACGGUUUGAGUUUCUGGAGUCUGCGCUUUUUAAGUACUCUGCUAAGGUUCGAAGACAGACCAUUGAGUGUUUGCUUCUACGUGCACCGAUGCGAGAGGAAUUUUGGAUGUCUCUUUGACUACAUCCGAGUUACAUAAAGGGGAAGGCAACCUGGUUGGUGUUCGGCUGCUGGUGGGUUUUAUUACUAGUGGCGAAGCCUGGGGAGAGAGGUGUGACGUAGGGCUUUCACUGCUUGUACAGUGCUUACUGUAUACUUUUGCCCAAGAUUCUAUCAAAUUAUUUUUUCAAUAUAAACGUACAUGAGAAGAUUUGAAGUUUUUUUUUUU